AUAGAUGAAAAGAAAAAAGUCAAAUGAAAUUCUGCCUAGCGAAUAGCAAUAAAAGAAAUAGAAGUUUUUGAUUUCAUUGUUCCUUACUAUAUUUUGAAUAAUUAGAGUAAAGUAAUGAAAUCGUAAACAUCAUUCAUAAUCAAUUGUAAUGGCUGAUAGAGAUCUAUCAAUGGGUCCUCGAGAAGGGGUUACAUACCCAAUAAAGGUUCAAUACUGUGGAAACUGUUCCAUGCCCAUAGAAUAUUGUGAAUAUUAUCCAGAAUACGAUAAAUGUAAACAAUGGCUGGAGAAGAAUCUUCCGACAGAGUUCGAGAAAGUAAAAUUAGACGAAAAAGAAAAUACCGGGGGUGAAGAAGAAAAAAAACGCCAGAAGCGUGGUGGCAAGGGUAUGUUAAAAUCCAAGAAGAAAGAAGAUGUUCCCAAAUUAGUGCAGGUAUCUCGUGCUCCUCGGGGCAAGAAGAAAUCAGUCACAGUCGUGUCUGGAUUGAGCACUUUUGAUAUUGAUCUAAAAGUAGCAGCAAAAUUUUUUGGCACAAAAUUUGCUUGUGGAUCUUCAGUCACAGGAGAUGAUGAGAUAGUAAUUCAGGGUGAUGUUAAAGAUGAUCUUUUUGAUAUCAUACCUGAAAAGUGGCCAGAAAUUGAUGAAGACAGUAUUGAAGAUCUUGGUGAUCAAAAAAGGUAGUGUCCCCUACACUAAAAGAAGAUUACACCAGGAUAAUACAUUAUUUCUCUUUAUAAUGUUAAAAAUUGUCAUUUCAAAAUAAUAGUACUACAAUUUAUUUUUGAUCUACCUCAUUUUCGGCAAGUAUAUUGUUAUUUUUCUAGAAAACAAAAAGAGUCUUUAAUUUCUAAUGUCGAUGAGUUUUUUGCAGAUAUUCAAUAUCUGUAAAGAAUUUUAAUUUAUUACUGUAUCUACAGCCAACAAAAAAAA